GGUUACAGAGCUGCAGGGAGGGGGGUUUGUGCUUGCCUGAAACACAGGCGUUUGUGCUGGCUGGGUACUAACACUGAUAGCUAACUCUGGACACACAGCCUGGGACAUUCACACUCGGGGACAGACAGCUAGUCACAGCCUGGGACACUCACAGCCUGGGACACUCACAGCCUGGGACACUCACAGCCUGGGACACUCAAAGCCUGGUACAUUCACAGCCUGGGACACUCACCCCAGGAGUACACAGCCAGGAUACACUUAUAGAACACACAACACAAGCCUUAGCCAGAGGCAGGAUAGACAAAGCUGGCCCUGGGCACAAGAUUUAAUAUUAUCUUGGCACAAUACCCUCAGCUAGCCCAGUGAUCUCAGGGUAUACUCAGGAUACUCUAGCAAACAAAGCUAACUGGUUACACUCUAACUAAACAGCUUCAUAGGGUACAGACAUACAUCCAGCCUAGGGCUGUACUUGCAGGAUAUAUAGUUACCAGCACACGUCGCUGACUUACAAUACGCAGCAUAUAUGCAGUUUGCUCCUAGCUGGGACAAUCUUGGGUAUACGGAUCCGCUAGGAUGAGCAGCGAAGGGUGCAAUACCGCGGGCAGGUCAAGAUGAGAAUCUCGCCAUCAUGUCUUAGGCAGGUGAUCGUGCUUCUUGCAGCUGCCAUAGGCUCUAUCUCAGUGACUUCAUCUAAAGGAGGAGAGGAGGGGGUCGAAUAUGGGAGAAUUGGAAGCAGCAUAACAUUAAUGUGCAGCAAUGACAAUAACAGCUCAGUGGCAGAAUGGAGAUUCAACGGAACACCAUAUAUUCCAUGGGGCUUCUACACUAAGCUUGGGCAUCUGGAGUUGACCAGCCUGCACACAUCAGCCAUGGGCAACUACAGCUGUUAUAACCAGUUUGGGGAACUGUUAAGUUCUGUGCUCCUUAAAGUGGGAUAUCCCCAGGGGUUCGUCUGUCUCUUGCGAGCGUCGGAUUAUGAAAACUUUUACUGCUAUUGGAAAUCGAGCGUGGAGACAAUGCUUCCGACAAGAUACAUUGCAAGUUACAGGAGCAGGAAUCACAUAAGUGGCAUCUGUGUGCAGGAGCCAGUCCGGCCCAGCAUGUGCUCCGUAAGGAAGUCUGAGUUCUGGAGUUCCUACCAGAUGAACAUAACAGAGGAGAACCCAUUAGGCUCCAGCUUUCGUCUCCUGGAGGUCACCAUGCAGUCUAUUGUUAAGCCGGAUCCUCCAGAGAAGCUACUGGUAGAACCCAUUCCAUUUGCCCCCAGGCGACUCCAGGUUAGCUGGGUUUAUCCGUCUACAUGGCCCCCAGAGCCGCACUUCCAACUGAAGUUCCGGGUACAGUACAGACCUGCACAGUUUUCAUCUUGGUCGGUGGUGGAAACCGUCAACCUAUCGGAUGUUAUCACCGAUGCCUUUGCUGGGAUGGAACACAUCGUGCAGGUCAGCGCCAAGGAUUUCUUAGACGCUGGUAACUGGAGUGAUUGGAGUGAAGAAGUACGAGCUGUGCCGUGGACAAGCACAACAACAAAAGCCAGUGAGGACACGACAACCACGGAAACUGUAGUGCCAGAACCAGUUGCAGAUCCCAGUGAUCCUGUAGAGAAGGUGGCAAUGCUCAUUUCUCUGGGGAUCUUUGCUUUUGUGGUCCUGACCCUGUUUCUAGCUGUUGGUGUCCUUGUCUGGGUAAGAGUGGGCAGAAAAACUAAGGACGGCACAAUAAAACCAGACUUCCUGUCGGCCAUUCAUAUGAAGGCUCUGCCCAAGGCCCAGAUUUUGUAGCACGUUGGACAGUAAAGAGUAAACACAAAAAAGGAACAUAAAAUGGAGCGCAGGAACGGAGCUCUGUAGAACAAGGUCUGGGUACAGUCACAGAGGCCUCAGAUCCAUGAGAACCUGACAGAGUGUGUAAUAUUGCAGCGUGUCUGCUAAAUGACUCCAUUCCAGGAUAGAUGAACACAAGAGCCUCUGUUUGCAGGGUGGGCCCGGAUGUCACACAUGUUCAGUGUUGUCUACUCACACAGUGAAUGGGUCACUUGAGUGGUCACUUCAUAUGUAUGUAUAUAUUGUAUAUGUAUAUACAGGUUUCGUUAUUACCUUCGUCCAGUGAAGAAGUCAUUGCUGCUAUAGGACAUAGACUCUUUCUACAGUAGAGACAAAGAACACUGCCCACGGCGCCACAGUGGGAGGUGUCUGUUUGACAAUACGACUUCUCUGUUAGUAAACAGGAAUUUCCCUACAGCACUAGACUUACGUAAAGCAGCAAUUAAAGCUAAGCUUGGUUUAAAGAAGCACAACCAGCAUCUCACAGGAGCAGUUAUAAACACUUCAAACCUCAUGCCAGUCCUGUUCCUUGAUAUCACCAGCAAUAAAGACAAAAUAGGGGGCAAGUCCCUACUGCACAGCUUGUAUGUCCAUUGGGACUGGAUUUGCUGUCUGUUUUAGUGCACUAGGGGGUCACCCUAACUAGUACUGUGUACUAUGCACAGCGUUAUACUGCCACCUGCUGUAGUAAUCUUGUAAUUACACAUAAGCUUCCAACUGCCAGAUAUUAACUUGUCUGAAGUUAUUCAUUAAUAAAAUAGAGAACUCUUUAGGAUUUGUCUACAACAAACCACAGAUAUCGUCCUCUGUCACACAGCACAGUGUUUAAAUUGAUCUAAAACCUGACUAAAAUGUAUAUUCUAUGGGUUAUCACUUGUAUCAAAAUGCUGUUGCAAGUUAUUCUUGUGUAGAAUGAGGUCCUUAAUCUUUUUAGGAUAAUGCACCAGUAUGAGAAUUAUUUUUCCCACUAGAUUUCGUUAAAGGAUAAAAAUAAAAAAACAUCUCACAUUGACGUAAGAAAUGUACAAAAAGUUGUUACACAUUAGCAGCGAGAAUUACAUUUCAGUGAGUGCCAGGGAGUGAUUUUUAAGGAACAAUGAAUUUUUUCAUACAAGGUGGAGCAACUCAGCAAGUGAAAGCUAUUUUUGCAUUAAAAAAAAGUUACUUUUGUUUAAA